CACAGUAGCAAACCGGAAGUUCUUUUAUGCUCUUAAAGCGACACGGAGGACACAUUUCAGCAGAAAUGAUCGCUAAAGUGGUCGGUACAAAAUAUGUGUCCAUUGCCAAAACAUGGAUCCCCACUCUGGCCGUAUGGGGUUCAGUGGGAGGCGUAGCUCUGGUCCACUUCACAGACUGGAGAAUGAUUCUGGAUUAUGUUCCCUACAUUAGCGGCAAAUUCAAUAAUGACAAGUAGUGGAUAUCAGGUUGGUGUCGGUGUUACACAGAGACUUGAAUGCUUCGGCUUGGCGUCGUGUGUCCUGCAGGCCACUGGAGGGUGUCAUCUUAACCCUGCAGCUCAUUGAACUGUUCAUCAUCAACAUCCAUGGAAAUGCACUGGACUUGUCAUUUCAAUGGUCGUCAACCAACAAAAAACAUGUAUAGAAGAAAUAUGAGAACACCGAUGACAAAUGGACUUUUUUCUUUUUCCCCACUUCAUUUGGAGGUCAGGUAUUCAUUUUAUUCAUCAGUCUUCUGUGCGUCAAACCUGAUUCUUAAUUGAAAAACUCUGUUAUUGUUUUGAAGUAAAGUAUAUGAGAUGUAUCCUA